AUGAUUUCAUUGGACACUCUAGAUAUAAGCAACAAUAACGGCAUUUCGAACUGGGCCGAUAUUGAGGUGGAAGACAAUCCAUACGAGAAUGAUGAUAAUGCUUUUGUACCAGAGUCAUCAAGGAUAAAGGGUGGUGGCACACCUUCAAAGAAGUUGGCAUCCAAGGCCAAGACUUCUACUUCCACCACAUCAUCCACCACUGCCACACCAUCAAAGGCCCAAGCCACCACCUCGACUCCAUCAAAGAAGAAGAAACCAUCACCAACUCCAUCUCUAUCUCCAGCCAAGGCGUUGAGCCAAGGCCACGGCAGCGAGACAACCACUACCACUACCACCAUCACAAAGUCAACCAAGUCAAUCGAACAGUCUCCAGCAAAGCAAACUCCAUCAUCCAAGGCAGCAGCCAAGAAGUCACUGAAGAAGCGCGAGGUUGUAUUCAAAGAGAUCACAAUCUUUGAUACCGAAGUCGAUCAAGUUGUCGUUGAACAACAAAAGCAAGAGUUGAUUAUGUUCUUUGGCAUGUUUGGCGUGGUCGAAUCUACUGACACUCGCUGGGCCGACAGGUCAUGCUCGGUCGUCUACCAGUCAGCUGCCGACGCUGCCAACGCCAUCAAGGAGUUCAAGUCGGUGUCCAGACUGGAGGACCAUCUCUCGACACUGGCCGCCAAGAAGCAGGACCUUUUCAUCAACCUAAAGAACGUCUGGAACAUCAAGGCUGCGAUCAACGAGGACAGCAAGCCUCAGCCACCCAAGCCCUCCAAGGCGCAUCCUCCCUCCUACCAGCCACCCGCACAUCCUCGUCCACAUCUUUUCAGCCAACAUCCACGCUCGCCCAAGGGUGAGUGGAGACCUGUUGGAGUUGCGAGGAGCCAGCAACAGCAGCCACAGGCACAGCAGAACCCUUGA